AUGAAUGCAUUCGCCGGUAACCUGCAAAGUAUGGGCUCCACCUUUGGCAACAAUGCUCUGGUGGACAUGAACAGCGGCGGGAAGGAGUACGAUGAGAUGAACAUCAGUCUGAUUGACUACCUCAGCAAGUUUCAGCCUGCAUUUCUCCAUCAGCUGUACGCCUCAUCCGCCGCCUGUUUGGUGGUCUUUCGCGAACUGCCCUCCCUUUCACAGAACUUUGUCCUCCGCCUUAUGUUCAUCGAGCAGCCAAUUCCGCAGGCAGUCAUUUCAUCGUGGGUCAAGACGUCAAGUGAUUACACCGAAGCUUCAGAAGCCCUAAAUAAGUUGCACAUUUGGAAGCAGCACAUGCUAAACGGCCUACCAGCUUGGGUGCUCAAUUCAACGUUUCGGGAGAAUCUGAAGGCCGCUUGGCUUGGAGGUGGGCAGCCGAGACCUUUAUUUAACAAUUUGAGUGCAGACAAGCACAAGCCCGAUAUUGAAACGUUGGACAGCUAUGCGGUGACCAAAAGAUGGGAUUCUAUUCUCAAUUUUAUGGCCAGUGUCAAGUUGAAGGAUUACAAUGACAACAUUGGCGAAAUCACCAAACAAGUCAUUCUUCGAGCUAGACUUAUUGAAAAUGACCUUCAAGACAUUAGCAUCACAGCUUCGGGAUUUCAGUUUCUACUUAUGGAUAUUUCUUCUCAAAUUUGGUUUUUCCUUCGAAAGUACCUUGACCUGGUCGAAGGCUUAGGACUUAGCUUUAUUGAAUGUUUAAGUUUUCUGUUUGAGCUAAACUUUUUAACUCUUGGAAAGAGCUACUCCACUGAUGGAAUGACUGAUUCUUUGCAAACAUUUCUGCAACAUUUGCGCGAAAUGGGUCUCAUCUACCAACGAAAGCGCAAAGACGGCCGAUUUUAUCCCACCAGACUUGUGAUUCAAUUAUUUGACUGUGUUCGCCAAAAUACCCUAUCAAAGCCCACUUUGGCUGUGACGGCAACUGCCAAACGACAGGGCUUCAUUGUCAUUGAAACAAACUACCGAAUAUACGCAUACACCGAAUCACCACUUCAAAUUGCCCUACUUACCCUUUUCAUUGAGCUGAAUUACCGCUUUCCAAAGUUUAUUGCCGGCUUUAUUACGCGUGAGUCAGUGCGAGCGGCAUUCAAAUUCGGCAUCACCGCCAAGCAGAUCACCCACUACCUGACGAUGCACGCCCAUCCGAAUAUGCAGAUAGGGGGUCGAGCCACGGUCAUUCCCAGCACCAUCAUUGACCAGAUAUUUCUCUGGGAGCAGGAGCGGAAUCGACUCACCUUCAAUGAUGGCGUCCUCUACUCGCAAUUCAACUCACAGCCAGACUACGAACUGCUGAGAAAGUACGCCAAUGAUUUGGGUGUAAUCAUCUUUGAGAAUACGUCGCGUCGAUUGCUGGUGGUUACCACGUCGGGCCACGAAGAAGUGCGACGGUUCUGGCGACGGAACAAAAAGGAGCGAGAUUAA